AUGGCUUUUCAGGCUACAAACAGUGACCUCGACCUGAAAAAUAAUUAUGAGCAGAUAGAUGACUCUUUAUUGAUAAGACUGGAUAGUUUUAAAGCCAGAGGAAGGCUGAGUAUUAUAGCCCCCACAGAAAGGGUGUCUGAGACUCAUGUCCUGACGUUUGCACACACUACAAAAGCUCAAGAGAAGACAAGAAAACGACAACAGCGGGUAAAACUGGAGCCUCUGCCAGUGCUAAAAGUCUACCAAGAUCAUAAGCAGCCAGAAUACAUACAUGAACAGAACCAAUUUCAUUUAAUUUCUUCUGGAGUCCUAAAACCUCCCAUAAUCACUAGAGACGGAAGUUCAGCUGAAUCUGAAUCACUUGCUCACUUUCUUGAGUAUGAAGAUGCUAUGCAAAAAAAGCAGAUACGAAAGUCCUCUGCUGAAAUGUUCUUCCCUUCUCCACCUAAACUUCCACGUACCAGUCUUGGGAAAAGAGGUCUCCACAAGACUGCUUCUUCAGUUAGCACUGAGUAUAUUUUUCAUGACCGGGAAGAAGUCAUUAAAGGCAACAUCUGUGAUCCCUUGACAAUCAUUAAAAUAGUACGCGAAAAUGCGGAUCUUGGAUUUCUUUAUAUGAUCCCUGCUGUGGCAAGGUCUUCCAUCGAGUAUGACACAUAUAACCUGAAAAUUGUAAGUUAUGAGAACCUCAAUAAAAAUGACUUCUAUACUAUUAGCCGGAAUGCAGUAACACACACUUAUAAUGAAGACAUUGAAUAUAUCGAACUUGAUCGAUGGGAGCAGGAAUAUCUGUAUCACAGAGAACUCACAAAGAUUCCCAUAUUUUCACUUUUCCGGAAAUGGAAGGCUUUUAAUGUAUGGAAGAAGAAUGUCCGUGCCAAGAAAAUUACUGGAUGUCGAAAUUCUCUACAAAAGAAUUUAUUCAUUGUUAAUCCUUAUUUACGACCAGCUCUUCUUAAAAUAAAUGAAUUGUGCUACCAGUUAAGCUUUAUGGGACUCUGCCACAUUGAAAAAGGGCAUACUUACACUCUGACGGAAUUUAAGGCUGCCCAAAUCAUACGACUAGAGGAGGUGACAGAGCACCUAGAAGAAUUUCGAAAUAAGGCAAAAGAUGUGGUCAGGAAGGCUUGUCGGAUUGCUCUCCGUGCUGUAGGAUUUGUUCCUGAUGACUGCACCUAUGAAUCUCAUAUGCAUUAUUUUAGACAAACAGAAAGUUCAGGUUUCAAUGAUGCGCAACUUGACUUGCCCACUUAUGGAGAGUCUGAGAAAAUGACAUACACAGAACAAGCCAGCAAAAGGCAUCAUUGCAUAAGGCUGACAUGCUUUAUCCGUCUAAACGACUAUCUAAUUGAGAACACAAUGCAUAUCCUCAUGGUUAAUUCUGUUAACUCUCUUUUGAACUAUCUUACUGACAAGUUAAAGCGAACACCUUCAGCAGAUAUCAUUCAAAAAUGGAUUACCGAAGAGAAGCCUGAAGUCACUGAUAAAAAGGCCCCCCCUUUGCUGGAAAAGCAGGAAGAAGAGGAUUCUCUCAUUCCCAUGUUUCUCACAGAACUGAUGCUGACAGUGCAGUCACUACUUUUUGAACCUGCUUUGGAAGACUUCCUGGAUGGCAUUUCAGGUGCAAUUAAUCAGUUUCAAAACACUGUGUUAGCAGUUCCAAAUCUUGUGCCUGAUCCCUAUUUUGAUGCUUUCACCAGCCCUUAUAUUAACAACAAACUUGAAGAAAAAACCUGUGGAUUAGGACCAAGUUUAUCAGCAGUAUUUGAUGAUGAUAAGAAUUUUCACACAAUUAUCCAUCAAAUAAAGGAAGCCAUUAAAGCAGCAUUUGAAUCUGCUCGAUUAUAUGCAACUACCUUUGAAAAGUUCCAUUUGUUCUUCAGAGAAAAUGAAAGUCUUGAUUUACAAGCUCUUAAGCUUGAGGAACCCGAUGUUAAAUUCUUUCAUGAACAACUGGAAAAAUAUCACAAACAACAUAAGGAUGCAGUGGCGCUAAAACCCACCAGAAAUGUCGGAUUGCUGCUCAUUAACACUAAGCUGCUAAAAGAAAAACUAAUCCCAUCACCUUUGCGAUGCUUGGAGGUGCUGAAUUUUAUGCUUCCUCGUCUAAGCAAGAAAAAAGUGGAUGCAAUUAUCUCUGAGGCACAAGAUGCAGAGUAUAAACUUGAGUUUACUCCAUCUACCACCAUAGACUAUGUCAAUAGCUUAGUAUUUCUUGAUGAAAUUCAGGAAAGGAUUGAAAGCCUGGAAGACGAAGCUAAUAUAGUGGUUCAAAUGUACAAGCUUGUUGAGCAGUAUCAUGUCCCAACACCUCCUGAAGACUUCGCUGUUUUUGCAACUAUGAAGCCAUCCAUUGUUGCUGUUCGAAAUGCCAUUGAUAAAUCAGUGGGUGACAGAGAUACAAGAAUCAAGCAAUUUUGCCUGCAUUUGGGUAGAGAUCUCGAAGAGCUCAACAAUGAAGUAAGCGAAGUCAAACUGCAAGCACAGGAUCCACAGAUUUUGGAUAUAACUGCUGACCAAUCCAAAAUAAAGGCCAUGUUGGAUGAUCUGCAAGUGGUUCUAGAUGAUCUUCAAAAGCGUGCAUUUCAAUACAAAUCCUAUCAGAAGAAUUUUAAGGUUGAAGUGUCCAAGUUUGAUGCUUUGGAAGAAGUUAGUGCUGAAUUGAAGCUCAAACAAUUACUCUGGGAUUCUUUCUUUGAAUGGGAUAUACUCCAACAAGAAUGGUUAAAGUCCAAAUUUGACUGCCUGGAUCCAGAAAUGCUGAACUCCCAGGUUACUAAAUAUACUAAGUUUGUGGCUCAGUUGGAAAAAGGCUUGCCACCCAACAAUGUAGUGCCUCAACUCAAACAUAAGGUGGAAAAAAUGAAAGAAAAGCUCCCAGUUAUCAUUGACUUGAGGAAUCCAACUCUGAAGCCUAGACACUGGACAGCUAUUGAACAAACAGUUGAUGCCACCCUAGUGGACCUUGAAAUUCCACUAACCUUGGAGAAGCUCUCUGAGUUGCAUGUUUUUGACUUUGGUCAAAAAAUCCAGGACAUUUCUGGACAGGCUUCUGGAGAAGCGGCUUUAGAAACAAUUCUUAAAAAGGUGGAGGAUUCUUGGAAAACAACUGAAUUUGUCAUUCUGCCUCACCGUGACUCCAAAGAUGUAUUUAUCCUGGGCGGCACAGAUGACAUACAGGUGCUUCUAGAUGACAGCACCAUCAACAUUGCAACCAUUGCCUCCUCACGUCAUGUGGGUCCACUAAAGUCUCGAGUGGAUGAGUGGCAGAAACAACUUGCUUUAUUUAAUCAAACAUUGGAAGAGUGGCUGAACUGUCAGAGAAAUUGGCUCUACCUGGAAAGUAUUUUUAAUGCUCCAGACAUUCAGAGGCAGUUGCCUGCAGAGGCCAAGAUGUUUCUUCAGGUGGAUAAGUCCUGGAAAGAAAUCAUGAGGAAGGUGAACCGCCUGCCUAAUGCUCUUCGAGCAGCUACUCAACCAGGACUUCUAGAGACUUUUCAAAACAAUAAUGCAUUGCUUGAUCAAAUUCAGAAGUGUUUAGAGGCCUAUUUAGAAUCAAAAAGAGUUAUUUUUCCAAGGUUUUACUUCUUGUCAAACGAUGAACUUCUGGAGAUUUUGGCCCAGACACGAAACCCCCAAGCUGUGCAGCCGCAUUUAAGAAAAUGCUUUGACUCCAUCUCAAAGCUUGAAUUUGCUCUUUUGCCUCCUACGGAAGGAAAAAUGCCUGGUAUUGAAGCAGAACCAGAAAAAGUUUAUACAAAUGAUAUUUUAGCAAUGCUGUCACCAGAGGGAGAAAGGGUUAGCUUGGGAAAAGGCCUCAAGGCCCGAGGCAAUGUGGAGGAAUGGCUCGGUAAAGUGGAAGAAGCCAUGUUCUCAUCCUUGCGUCGCCUGUGCAAAGCUGCCAUUGCUGACUACCAGGGGAAGCUGCGGACGGAAUGGGUGAUUGCUGGUCACCCUUCUCAAGUCAUCCUGACCAUUUCUCAGAUCAUGUGGUGUCGUGAUCUGACUACGUGUUUAGAACCAGAAGGCGGCAAUUGCCAAGUAGCCCUGGAAGCUUUUGAAAAAGUAAACUUUGAGCGAUUAAAUGCCCUGGCUGCAUUAGUUCGAGGAAGUCUUCCUAAAUUACACAGAAACAUCAUAACUGCCCUAAUUACUAUUGAUGUACAUGCAAGAGACAUCGUCACUGAACUUGUUGAAGUGCAGAUAGAUGGCGUUGAAUCCUUCGACUGGCAACGACAACUGCGCUAUUACUGGGACAUAGACUUGGAUAAUUGUGUGGCUCGAAUGGCGCUCUCGCAGUACACAUACGGCUACGAAUAUUUAGGCGCAUGCCCAAGAUUAGUUAUUACUCCCCUCACAGAUCGCUGCUACCUUUGCCUCAUGGGGGCUUUGCAGCUUGACCUGGGGGGCGCCCCAGCUGGUCCUGCUGGCACUGGGAAAACUGAGACUACCAAAGACCUCGCAAAAGCUCUUGCCAUCCAGUGUGUGGUCUUUAACUGCUCUGAUGGUUUGGACUAUAAGAUGAUGGGGCGCUUCUUCAGUGGUUUGGCACAAUCAGGGGCCUGGUGCUGCUUCGACGAAUUCAAUCGAAUCGACAUUGAAGUCUUGUCGGUCAUUGCACAACAACUCAUCACCAUCAGGAACGCCAAAGCUGCAAAAUUGUCUAGAUUCAUGUUUGAAGGACGGGAAAUAAAGCUGGUUAUGACUUGCGCAGCCUUCAUCACAAUGAAUCCUGGGUACGCAGGCAGAACUGAGUUACCAGAUAAUUUGAAAGCCCUGUUCAGACCAUUUGCAAUGAUGGUUCCAAAUUACGCCUUGAUUGCAGAGGUAAUUCUCUACUCUGAAGGAUUUGAGUCUAGUAAAAUAUUGGCAAGAAAAAUGACUCAGAUGUAUAAACUUUGCAGCGAGCAGCUCUCUCAACAGGAUCACUAUGACUUUGGCAUGAGAGCCGUGAAGUCUGUACUGGUCAUGGCUGGAUCGUUAAAAAGAGAAAACCCCAACUUAAGUGAAGAUGUGGUGUUGAUAAGAGCUUUACGAGAUUCUAACUUGCCAAAAUUCCUCACAGAUGAUGCUCUUCUGUUCAGUGGAAUCAUAUCUGACCUUUUUCCUGGAGUCCAAAUUCCGGAGCACGAUUAUGGCAUUUUGCAGUCCACGAUUAUAGAUGUCAUGACUAGACAAAAUCUUCAGCCUGAGCUAUGUAUGGUUAAAAAAGUGAUACAGUUCUACGAAACUAUGUUAGUAAGGCACGGUGUUAUGCUAGUGGGGCCAACAGGAGGUGGUAAGACUACGAUUUACCAAAUACUAGCAGAAGCUUUAGGGGAUUUGCAAAAACAUGAUCUAGACAAUCCCUUCUACCAACCAGUUAAAACAUACGUUCUUAAUCCUAAAUCAAUUACAAUGGGUGAAUUAUAUGGUGAAGUUAAUACCAUAACAUUGGAAUGGAAAGAUGGUUUGAUGGCACUAAGUGUCCGGGCAGCUGUGAAUGACACCUCAGAAGAUCAUAAAUGGAUCGUCAGUGAUGGGCCAGUGGAUGCUCUUUGGAUUGAAAAUAUGAAUACCGUGUUGGAUGAUAACAAGAUGCUCUGUCUAGCUAACAGUGAGAGGAUUAAACUCACACCUCAAAUCCACAUGCUUUUUGAGGUGCAGGAUCUAAAGGUUGCCUCCCCUGCAACAGUCAGCCGAUGUGGAAUGGUGUUUGUGGAUCCAGAAGAGCUGAAAUGGAUGCCAUAUGUUCAGACUUGGAUGAAGCGAAUUUCUAAUAGACUGAGUGAAGAAACUCAGGAAUAUCUACUGAACCUUUUCCAGCGUUAUGUUGAUGAUGGUUUAAAUUUUAUCCAUAAAAAGUGCAGUCAAGCAAUUCCACAAGUCAACAUCAGCAAAAUCACUACCCUCUGCUGCUUGCUGGAGUCCUUGAUACUUGGAAAAGAUGGGAUUAACUUUACAAUGGAACAAACAAAAUUGAACACUUUGCUAUGUCAGACUUUUGUAUUCUGCUAUUUAUGGUCUGUGGGUGGAAACUUAACUGAAAACUACUGGGAUUCUUUUGAUACAUUUAUUAGAACACAGUUUGAUGACAAUCCUGAUGCCAGGCUCCCCAGCUCUGGUGAUCUGUGGAGCAUUCACAUGGACUUUGAAACCAAACGGCUGGAUCCCUGGGAACGAAUCAUACCUGCCUUCAAGUACAGCCGAGAUGUUCCAUUUUUUGAAAUGCUUGUCCCCACAACUGACACUGUGCGCUUUGGAUAUCUAAUGGAAAAACUACUUGCGGUCAAACAUUCAGUGUUGUUUACUGGAAUAACUGGAGUUGGUAAGUCUGUUAUAGCAAAGGGAUUAUUAAAUAAAAUUCAAGAGACAGCUGGCUAUGUUCCUGUUUAUCUAAAUUUUUCUGCUCAAACUUCAUCUGCAAGGACACAAGAGAUUAUUGAGUCAAAACUGGAACGGAAAAGAAAAAAUAUUCUAGGUGCACCAGGAAACAAACGAGUUGUGAUUUUUGUUGACGACUUAAACAUGCCCAGACUAGAUCGCUAUGGCUCUCAGCCACCCAUUGAGUUACUACGGCAGUACCAAGAUUUUGGUGGAUUUUAUGACAGAAACAAACUCUUUUGGAAAGAAAUCCAGGAUGUAACUAUCUUAUCAGCAUGUGCACCUCCAGGUGGUGGCCGCAACCCUGUGACCCCCCGCUUCAUCCGACACUUCAGCAUGUUGUGCCUCCCAACGCCCUCAGAGCACAGUCUGAAACAGAUUUUUCAGGCCAUUUUAAAUGGCUUCCUGAAUGACUUCCCACAAGCUGUAAAGCAAACUGCCUCAAACAUUGUUGAAGCCGCAGUUGAGAUUUAUAACAGAAUGAGUAUUGACCUUCUCCCAACACCAGCCAAGUCCCAUUACGUCUUUAAUUUAAGGGAUUUAUCCAAAUGUGUGCAAGGUAUCCUCCAGUGUGAUCCAGGAACAAUAAGAGAAGAAAUGCAGAUUUUUCGACUCUUUUGCCAUGAAUGUCAAAGAGUCUUCCAUGAUCGUUUGAUUAAUAAUGAAGACAAGCACUAUUUCCAUGGUAUUUUGACAGAAAUGGCCAACAAACAUUUUGGAAUUGCAAUUGACCUGGAAUAUUUUUUGAGUAAGCCCAUCAUAUUUGGAGAUUUUAUUAAGUUUGGAGCAGAUAAGAGUGAUCGAAUUUAUGAUGAUAUGCCUGAUAUGGAGAAAAUUGCGAACGUGCUACAGGACUACCUGGACGAUUAUAACCUCACAAAUCCCAAAGAAGUAAAGUUGGUGUUCUUCCAGGAUGCUAUAGAACACGUCUCAAGGAUUGCCCGGAUGAUCCGACAGGAAAGAGGCAAUGCCCUGCUUGUUGGAGUAGGAGGCACAGGAAAGCAGUCUCUUACGAGACUCGCAGCUCAUAUAUGUGGUUACAAAUGUUUGCAGAUUGAACUGAGCCGGGGUUAUAACUAUGAUAGCUUUCAUGAAGACCUGAGGAAGUUGUAUAAAAUGGCUGGUGUCGAUGACAAGAAUAUGGUUUUCCUUUUCACAGACACUCAGAUUGUCGUGGAGGAGUUCCUAGAAGAUAUAAAUAACAUCCUGAACUCCGGUGAAGUGCCUAAUUUAUUUGAGAAGGAUGAACUGGAGCAGGUUUUAGCUGCCACUAGACCAAAAGCAAAAGAAGUAGGAAUUUCUGAAGGGAACAGAGAUGAGGUGUUUCAGUACUUUAUCAGCAGAGUGCGUCAGAAGCUGCACAUUGUUCUCUGCAUGAGCCCUGUGGGAGAGGCGUUUCGAGCCAGAUGUCGGAUGUUUCCAUCCCUUGUGAACUGCUGCACCAUUGACUGGUUUGUCCAGUGGCCCAAAGAAGCACUUCUUUCCGUAUCAAAGUCAUUUUUCUCAAAUGUUGAUCCUGGAAACGUAGACCUGAAAGAAAAACUUUCCCUCAUGUGUGUGAAUGUUCACCUGAGUGUCUCCCAGAUGGCAGAGCGCUAUUACACGGAGCUCCGGAGACGGUACUACACAACGCCCACCUCCUACUUGGAACUGAUCAAUCUUUACCUGUCUAUGCUGAAUGAAAAAAAGAAACAGUUAGUUUUAGCACUAGGUCGGGUGAAGAAUGGUCUCACCAAGUUAUUAGAAACGAACGUACUAGUAGAUAAGAUGAAAUUAGAACUUUCUGCUUUAGAGCCUGUCCUUGUAACAAAAUCACGAGAUGUUGAAGCCCUGAUGGACAAAUUAGCAGUGGAUCAAGAAAGUGCUGAUCAGGUCCGUCAAAUUGUGCAAGAGGAUGAAGCAAUGGCCAAAGUGAAAGCUGAAGAAACCCAAGCCAUAGCGGAUGAUGCUCAAAGAGACCUUGAAGAAGCUCUGCCCGCACUCGAUGCUGCCAACAAAGCGCUGGAUUCCUUAGAUAAAGCAGAUAUAUCGGAAAUCAGAGUCUUUACAAAGCCCCCAGAUUUGGUAAUGACCGUAAUGGAAGCGAUUUCCAUCCUCUUGAAUGCAAAGCCUGAUUGGCCAACAGCAAAGCAACUUCUUGGUGACUCUAACUUCCUAAGAAGGCUGUUAGAAUAUGACAAGGAGAACAUAAAGCCUCAAAUAUUGGCAAAACUUCAAAAAUAUAUUAACAAUCCUGAUUUUGUGCCUGAAAAAGUAGAAAAAGUAUCCAAAGCAUGUAAAUCCAUGUGCAUGUGGGUACGAGCAAUGGAUUUGUACUCCCGAGUAGUCAAAGAAGUUGAACCAAAGAGACAAAAACUCCGUGCUGCCCAGGCUGAACUUGAUGUUACUAUGACUACCCUGAAAGAAAAGCAAGCAUUAUUAAAAAAAGUAGAAGAUCAAAUAAAGACGUUAGAGGAUGAAUAUGACAAAGGUGUGAAUGAGAAAGAAAGUCUGGCAAAGACCAUGUCCCUGACGCAAGCACGCCUCCUACGUGCAGGAAGGCUUACAGCAGCAUUAGGAGAUGAGCAAGUUCGAUGGGAAGAAAGCAUCCAGAAAUUUGAGGAAGAGCUAUCGAAUAUUGUUGGGAACGUGUUCAUAGCCGCAGCUUGUGUGGCCUAUUACGGGGCUUUCACGGCCCAAUACCGGCAAUUGCUUAUAGAUUGUUGGAUCAAUGAUUGUCUCGUUCUGAACAUCCCAAUCGAUACAUCCUUCAGUCUCAUUAACAUUCUUGGAGAUCCCUACAAAAUACGGCAAUGGAAUACUGAUGGACUGCCUCGUGAUAUGAUAUCAACAGAAAAUGGUAUUUUAGUUACGGAAGGACGACGAUGGCCUUUGAUGAUUGAUCCCCAAGAUCAGGCAAACCGCUGGAUUAGAAACAAGGAAAGCAGAAGCGGCUUAAAGAUCAUUAAACUUACAGAUAGUAAUUUCCUACGUACACUUGAAAAUUCAAUCCGACUUGGUUUACCUGUCCUGUUGGAAGAGCUUAAAGAAACUUUGGAUCCAGCUCUAGAACCCAUUCUUUUGAAGCAGAUUUUCUUCAGUGGUGGACGAUUCCUCAUUCGCCUUGGAGACUCAGACAUUGAUUAUGACAAAAACUUUAGGUUCUAUAUGACAACCAAAAUGCCAAAUCCCCACUAUCUGCCCGAGGUGUGCAUUAAGGUCACCAUCAUCAACUUCACUGUGACCAAAUCAGGUCUGGAGGAUCAAUUGUUAAGUGAUGUGGUACGACUGGAAAAACCUGAGUUGGAAGAACAAAGAAUUGAGCUCAUUGUGAGAAUCAACACUGACAAGAACCAGUUGAAAGCUAUUGAAGAGAAAAUCCUAAAAAUGCUCUUUACAUCUGAAGGAAAUAUUCUGGACAAUGAGGAACUUAUUGACACACUCCAGGACUCAAAGGUCACUUCUGGUGCCAUUAAAACCAGGCUUCAAGAAGCAGAGUCCACCGAAAAGAUGAUCAACAUCGCUCGUGAGAAGUACCGUCCAGUAGCCACGCAAGGCUCUGUAAUGUACUUUGUCAUUGCAAGCCUCUCAGAGAUAGAUCCCAUGUAUCAGUAUUCACUAAAAUAUUUUAAACAGUUGUUUAAUACGACAAUUGAAAUGUCUGAAAAGUCACGUGAUCUAGAGAGACGCCUAGAAAUCCUACUGCAACAAACUCUCCUGACCGCUUAUGUCAAUGUUUCCAGAGGACUUUUUGAACAACAUAAGCUCAUCUAUAGCUUUAUGCUCUGUGUUGAGAUUAUGCGUCAGCAAGGAAGCCUCACUGAUGCUGAAUGGAAUUUCUUUCUCCGGGGUUCUGCAGGAUUAGAAAAGGAACGCCCUCCUAAGCCUGAAGCUCCCUGGCUACUUACUGUCACAUGGUUUGCGUGCUGUGACCUAGAAGAAUCAUUUCCAGUUUUUAAAGGAAUUACAAAGUAUUUAUUGUUACACCCAAUUUCCAUACGCUUAGGGUCUUUUGAGACUUAUAUUAACCCACAGAACUGGGAAGGCUAUUCUAAGAUAAAACCAGAAGAGCAUAUCAUGAAAAACGAUUACUGGAAUCUAGAAUUGAGUUCUUUCCAUAAGCUAAUCCUUAUUAAAUGUUGUAAAGAAGAAAAGGUGGUUUUUGCUCUUACAGACUUUGUAAUAGAAAAUCUCGGGAAAAAGUUUAUAGAGACACCACCAGUGGACUUGGCUACUCUGUAUCAAGACAUGUCCUUCAAUACUCCUCUGAUCUUCAUCUUAAGCACAGGCUCUGAUCCCAUGGGUGCUUUUCAGAGGUUUGCCCGAGAAAGCGGGUAUUCAGAACGGGUGCAGUCGAUUUCACUGGGGCAAGGACAAGGACCCAUCGCUGAGAGAAUGAUCAGGGAUGCAAUGAAAACAGGCAACUGGGUAUUUCUGCAAAACUGUCAUCUUGCUGUUUCUUGGAUGCUGGCAAUGGAAGAGCUCAUUAAAACCUUCACAGAUCCAAAUAUUAUUAUCAAGGACACUUUUCGACUAUUUUUAAGUUCCAUGCCUAGUAACACAUUUCCUGUGACCGUUCUUCAGAAUUCUGUCAAGGUGACUAAUGAGCCUCCAAAAGGCUUACGUGCAAAUAUCAGACGAGCAUUUACCGAAAUGACACCUUCAUUUUUUGAAGAAAAUAUACUUGGAAGAAAAUGGAGACAAAUAAUAUUUGGCAUCUGUUUCUUUCAUGCAAUUAUUCAGGAGAGAAAAAAGUUUGGCCCUCUUGGUUGGAAUAUCUGCUAUGAAUUUAAUGACAGUGAUAGGGAAUGUGCUUUGCUGAACCUCAACCUUUACUGUCAAGAAGGAAAGAUCCCUUGGGAUGCUUUGAUUUACAUCACUGGUGAAAUUACAUAUGGUGGUAGAGUUACAGACACCUGGGAUCAAAGAUGUCUUCGCACUGUCUUGAAAAAAUUUUUUUCUCCUGAGACAUUAGAAGCUGAUUAUAAAUAUUCUGAAUCAGGCAUCUAUUUUGCACCCUUGGCUGACAGCCUACAAGAGUUUAAGGAGUACAUUGAGCAUCUGCCUUUGAUAGAUGACCCUGAAGUUUUUGGAAUGCAUGAAAAUGCCAACCUCGCUUUCCAGUACAAAGAGACCAACACUUUAAUCAACAUCAUACUGGAAGUUCAGCCCAGGUCAUCUUCAGGUGGAGAAGGGAAAAGCAAUGAUGAAAUUGUCCAAGAACUUGUUGCUUCUGUCCUGGCCAGAGUUCCAGAAACACUGGAAAUGGAGGGUGCUUCGGAGAGCCUUUUCAUCAAGGAUUCUCAAGGUCGCCUGAACUCCUUGACCACUGUUCUUGGACAGGAAGUGGACCGGUUUAACAAUCUGCUGAAAUUAAUACAUACUUCUCUGGAGACACUCAACAAAGCCAUUGCUGGACUUGUGGUGAUGUCUGAAGAAAUGGAAAAGGUCUAUAACAGUUUCCUCAACAACCAGGUCCCCUCUCUGUGGUCCAACACAGCCUACCCUUCCCUGAAGCCACUAGGAUCGUGGGUGAAAGACCUUAUUCUGAGGACCGCAUUUGUGGAUUUGUGGCUCAAAAGAGGUCAGCCGAAGUCCUUCUGGAUCUCUGGUUUCUUCUUUCCUCAAGGAUUUCUCACAGGAACGCUUCAGAAUCAUGCACGGAAAUACAAUUUACCUAUAGACGAACUGAGUUUCAAGUACAACAUGAUUCCCAGCUAUCGGGAUCAAGCUGCAGUGAUAGAAGCUGCCAAGACAGUGCAGUUUGGACAAGAACUGCCCAUGGACAUGGAGUUGCCCUCUCCUGAAGAUGGAGUUCUUGUUCAUGGGAUGUUCAUGGAUGCUUCUCGAUGGUAAGACAAGGAGAUGGUAAUAGAAGAUGCAUUGCCCGGACAGAUGAAUCCAAUGCUGCCCAUGGUGCAUUUUGAACCGCAACAGAAUUACGAGCCAAGCCCUACUCUUUACCACUCCCCACUUUAUAAAACAGGAGCCCGGGCAGGGACACUGUCAACUACAGGUCAUUCUACCAACUUUGUAGUGACUGUCCUUUUACCCUCCAAGCGGUCUAAAGACUACUGGAUUGCUAAGGGAUCGGCUUUGCUGUGCCAGCUGAGUGAGUGA